AUUCUAUUCACUUUUGUGAUUUUAACUUGUGAACGGGACUUUUAUUUUGUUUCUGACGAUGUGACGUGGUAAGCCUGCGUCGUACUUUGCAACUCUGGCGUUUGCGAUCGGGUUGGAGAAAGCUGAGAUCCAGGUGACCCUAUUAUAAAAAUGGCUUUUAUUAAAGAGGAGAGUGAAGACAUGAAGAUUGAAGAAACAUUCAGAGUCAAACAUGAAGAUACAGAGGAACAAACAGAGUUGAAGACACUGAAAGAGGAGAGUCAAGAACUGAAUGAAUUGGAAGAAAAAAAUCAGUACAUGAAACAUGAUUUCAUUAUUGGUGAAAAAUACAUACAGACUUCAUCACAAAAAGGAGCUCUGAAUACAGAAUAUAACAAAUGUUUCACCUGCCGUCAGUGUGGAAAGACUUUCACUAAAAAACCAAACCUCAAUGUCCACAUGAGAGUCCACACCGGAGAGAAACCUUUCACCUGCCAGCAAUGUGGAAAAGGUUUCACACAAAGAGGAAACCUGAAAGUCCACAUGAAUACUCACACUGGCGAGAAGCCAUUCUCAUGUGAUGAGUGUGGAAAGAAAUUCAAACGUAAAGUAAACCUUACUUGCCAUAUAGGAAUUCAUUCAAAAGUAGACCGUAUUAAAUGUCAUGAGUGUGGAAAGUGUUUUAGUCAUAAAGUAAACCUCAAGAAUCACAUGAGACUUCACACUGGAGAGAAUCCUUACAUGUGUGUUCAGUGCGGAAUGUAUUUCAGAUAUAAAUCUGCCCUUAAUUCCCAUUUGACAACUCACACUGGACAGAGUCCUUACACCUGCAAACUGUGUGGGAAGAGCUUCACACGAGAACUAAACCUCAAGUGUCACAUGAAUAUUCACACUGGAGAGAAGCCAUUCACAUGUGAUCAGUGUGGAAAGAGUUUCAGACGUAAAGUAACUCUUAGUCAGCACACGAGGAUUCACUCAAGAGAGAACUCUUUUAAAUGUGAUCAGUGUGGAAAAAGUUACACAAGCAUGAAACGCCUAAACAGGCAUGUAGUAAGUCACUCUGCAGAGAAUGUUUUCAAAUGCCAGCAGUGUGGAAAAAGUUUCAGUCAUAAAAUAAGCCUUAAGGCUCACAUGAGACUUCACACUGGAGAGAAACCUUACACGUGCCCUCAGUGUGGACAACGUUUUACUUAUAAACCAUCCCUUGAUUACCACAUAAGAGAUCACACUGGUGAAAGGCCUUAUAUAUGCAAACAGUGUGGAAAGAGCUUCUUACAAAAAGGAAAUCUGAAGACUCACAUGAUAAUUCACACUGGAGAGAAGCCUUUUAAAUGCCAGGACUGUGGAAGGUGUUUCAAUCGUAAAGUAAGCCUUAAGACUCACAUGAGAACUCACACUGGAGAGAAGCCUUACACAUGUCCUCAAUGUAAAAAGUGUUUCUCAUAUCAAAGAGCCCUUCAACUUCAUUUGCAAGAACAUUCUGGAAAGAAACUGCAACGUUCAGAGUGUGACAAAAAGUUUAUGAAUAGCAGCAAUUUGAAAAAUCAACAGUGCAUUCACUCUGGAAGAAGGCGAUUUAAUUGUGAUCUUUGUAAUAAGAAAUUUAUUCUGCCAUCACACUUACAGAUACACCUGAAAAGUCACACAGAAGUGAGACGCUAUUUGUGUUCCUUGUGUGGUAAGAGGUUUAAAUGGCACAGCAGUUUGAAAUGGCACCAGAAAAUACGGACCUGUGUGAAUAUAAGGCUCCGUUCACACCGUAGGUAAACGCAUGCCAUCAAGCACUGUCAAGAGCAUGCCAAGUCAACAGGUGGCGAUAUAAUCUCAACCGUAAAGCCAUGUUGGCCAAUCAGAAGCCUGAAAGUUUCCAGUAGGCAGAGAUAACAGCACUGGCUUCGAGGUCACAAGCCAAAAAUGCCUGUUUCGCUGUCUUCAUAACAAUGCAAAUGGAGUUUGAAAAUCUUCACCCUGGCAGGCGUUUUCAAAAAUGUUCAGUUUCAGUGACCCUGUGCCUGCGUCUGGAUGAACAGCCAAACCGCAUAUAAAAAGCUGUGGUUUUAAAAUGUAAUCGCGUCUGUGUGGACCGGGCCUAAUUUCACUUGUAUAGAGGUGUCAUUCCAUUUUUAUGUAUUGAUGCCUUGGGAUAAAAAUAUUAGUAAUAUUAAACUUCAGUCUUGCUGUGAAAUGCCACAAUGUCACGGUAGGAUUGUAAAUAAAGGGACAUAAAUAAAAUUGAAAUAAACACUGAA